CGAUUGUUUCAGAUAAAGAAUAUUAAUCAUUUGUAGCUCUUUUGAGCUAUUUUCCAUUUUCACAAGCUUUGGAUGCUACUUUAAACCAGAGAGAAAUAAUCAUUACAAUUUGCAUUUCCACCUCCUUUGGCCUUUGCUUUCUCAUUUCUCUCACUCUCUGGGUUUGCGACUAAAAAAAAGUCCUUUUUUGAGUACUCGGCUAAGCAAAGUAGCGAACUUGGGAGCUCAAGAUUUUGAGUUCAGAUCUAGAAAAGGAGCUUAAAACCAUAGAUGUAAGAAUUAAGAAGUGAGCCAAGGAAGCAGCAGAAACAGCUCGUUUUUCUUUGCUUCAGUUGUUUGGUGAGACUUGAUGAAGAGAGAGAUGGGAGCUUUGUACAUUUUCUCUUGGAUUUGUUUGUUGGGUUUGUUUUUGUUUCAAGGGAAAGCAACUCUACUUGACGAUAAGCAGGCAUUGCUUGAUUUUAUCAGCAAUAUGCGCCACUCUCGUUCUCUAAACUGGAAUGAGACUUCUCCGGUUUGUAAUAACUGGACUGGACUGACUUGUAAUGCUGAUGGUUCUCGGAUUAUUUCUGUUAGACUGCCUGGAAUCGGGUUAACUGGUCCAAUACCUGCUGAUACUAUCGGCCGCCUCUCAGGUUUGCAGAUUUUGAGCCUUAGAUCCAAUAGUAUCAGUGGUCAGUUCCCUUCUGAUUUCUCUAAUUUGAGGAACUUGUCAUUUCUUUAUCUUCAAUACAACAACUUCUCAGGUCCAUUGCCGGUCUAUUUAUCUGUUUGGAAGAAUCUAACUAUUAUUAAUUUGUCCAACAAUCGAUUCAAUGGGAGUAUUCCUAGUUCGAUGUCGAAUUUGACUCACCUUGAAGCAUUCAACCUUGCUAACAAUUCACUUUCUGGUGAAAUUCCUGAUCUGAAUUUGCCGAGCUUGCAGCAGAUUAACUUGUCAAAUAAUAAUCUCAGCGGUAGUGUACCACAGUCGCUUUUAAGAUUCCCGAGUUCUGCAUUUGGAGGUAACAACAUUUCUUUUGGUAGUACCUCUAAUCAAACAUCCUCGGAUGUCACUCCCCAUGGUGGACCAUUUUUGACAUCCAAGAAGUCUGGGAGACUUGGUGAAACUGCAUUGGUAGGAAUUAUAAUUGCGGUUUGCGUUUUGGGGAUUGUAGCUUUUGCAUCUUUGAUGAUCGUUUGCCGCUCAAGAAGAAAGAGUGAGGAUGUGUAUUCAGGGAAGUUGCAAAAGGGAGAGAUGUCACCGGAGAAAGUGGUUUCUAGGAGUCAGGAUGCAAAUAACAGAUUGUUCUUUUUCGAGGGUUGUAAUUAUACAUUCGAUUUGGAGGAUUUGUUGAGGGCUUCCGCUGAAGUAUUGGGGAAGGGAACUUUCGGUAUUUCUUACAAGGCAGUGCUAGAGGAUGCAACCACCGUGGUGGUGAAGAGGUUGAAGGAAGUUAGUGCUGGGAAGCGGGAUUUCGAGCAACAGAUGGAAGUUGUUGGAAGCAUUAGACAUCCCAAUGUGGUUGAGCUGAAGGCUUAUUACUACUCAAAAGAUGAAAGGCUGAUGGUUUAUGAUUAUUACAGCCAGGGAAGCGUUUCUUCCAUGUUACAUGGCAAGAGAGGAGAGGACAGAACCCCUCUGGAUUGGGAUGCCAGAAUGAAAAUAGCAAUUGGGGCAGCAAGAGGCAUUGCUCGCAUCCAUACGGAGAAUUGUGGCAAGUUUGUCCAUGGCAACAUCAAGUCCUCGAACAUUUUUGUCAACUCCGAACAGUAUGGUUGCGUGUCCGAUAUCGGUCUGUCAACUAUAAUGAGCACGCUAGCCCCUCCCAUCUCCCGUGCUGCUGGUUAUCGUGCCCCUGAAGUGACCGACACCAGGAAAGCCAUGCAGCCUUCGGAUGUCUAUAGCUUUGGAGUAUUCUUACUUGAGCUCCUUACCAGAAAGUCCCCUAUCCAUGCUACUGGUGGUGAUGAGAUUGUUCACUUGGUCAGGUGGGUUCAUUCAGUAGUUCGAGAGGAGUGGACAGCUGAAGUUUUCGACAUAGAACUGAUGAGAGUUCCAAACAUAGAGGAAGAGAUGGUGGAGAUGUUACAAAUAGCAAUGACAUGUGUUGUGAGGAUGCCGGAACAGAGACCUAAAAUGCCAGAACUGAUUAAAAUGAUAGAAGACGUUCGACGGAUUGAUUCUCAGAAUCGGUCACCUCCAGGAAAUAGGUCCGAAAGUUCAACACCACCACCAACAGUGAUAGGGAGAGAAUCCCAAGUUUCAGACCGAGUCAUCAUGCCCCUCGAGUAGAGCCAAUUUUUUUCCAUUUCUUUUACCUAGUUUAGCAGAAUUUGAAAAAUAAUAUGUUUUGGCUUGUUUGAUGAACAAAUUGUGUUGAGACUUGAAAGUUGAAUCAACUUCAUCCUGUUAAAGGUAGAGUGGGGAUGCAUUAGGCUACAAUGCUA